CACAGACAAACUGAAGCCAGUCGUCAAAAUCAAACUGACCGGAGCUUUUGUGUGCACGAAUAUACACUCGAAACUGAUUUGAAAAAUACAAUAGCCGUAGUGGCCCGGCCAAUAGGCAUCUGGCAUCAUGACUCUCCAAUGGGUGAUAUUGCUAGCACUGGUCACAACCCUUAUAGUUGCUGAAAGGAAAUUAUACGACGAGUCUAGCAACGAGCUAUUACAAUGGCUCGAUAACAGUGCAAAGAGAUUUGAAACGUGGAGUCCUAUGGAUGGCGAAGAUGUUGAACAAAAUGAACCAGAAGUCAGUUUCAAAAACGAAAAUAGAAAACGAGCAUUAUCGUUUCUUUCACAUUGGAAACCGUGGAAACAAAUAAGUGGCAAUGGCAGGCAUGUAAUUCGGUCACCAUUUAGUUCUUUUUUUCCAAACUCAGAUUCAUCACAAGGCGGCAACAGGCCGGUCGGCCAACCUCUUAGAUGGGGACGUCGCAGGCGUCGAUAAGUUUCCUAAAAGUUGAUUUGACAAUAAACAAACAAUGUUUAACUAAAUAUAAUAACAUAACUAUUUAUUUAUUAUGAUUUUAAAUUUAAUUAUUUUUAGUAAUAUUUAUUUAAAAAAAAAAAUUACAUUUUAUAUUAUUUGUUUUAAUGUUUUAGAUCGCCAGUUACUUGGUAACUUUGUAAGGCAAAUUGUAUAAUAUGAUUUAUUUUCUCCGGAUACAUUA